CGCGGAGCGAGGACUUAUCGCUAGAGGACUUAUCGCAAUAAGCAUGCCUUUGCGAUUACAUCACACGCUAGAGACCUGACAAUUUCGAGCAGGAUCACGUUGAGAGGCCUUUAUUAUAUCGCCCGGAUCCGAUCCAGGGCGAGCCAGGUCAGGACCAUAGCCGGUGCCAUGAACGGAGGAAGAGUGAUAAGGUUAUCUAAGCGCCAUUUCGCGACCGCCUGCGAGGCGUACUUGGAGGAUUACGCCAAGCACCAUGUAUCCCUAUCCUCUCUGCAGCGUGUGCUUCUCACGAUGGGCUCAGCGGCUAUAUCAUUGGCAAAUCCAUUUCGAGGUGACAUGAUAGCAUGCUUUGGAGAAACCACUGGUACAAAUGCUCUCGUGUAUUGUCAUCGACAGAUGAAGAAUACGAGCGAGGGUCAGCGUAUACUUUUGCAAAAGCCACGCGUAAACACGUCCACCAUCGACCUUUCUUACCUUAAAGACUUGCCGCCAGGAACCGUGGGCAGAACGUAUCGCGAUUUCUUGGACGACAACAAAGUCUCGCCCGAUGAUAGAACCGCGGUGCAAUUCGUCGAUGAUAUCGAGCUGGCUUACGUGAUGCAACGAUAUCGAGAGGUACACGAUAUCUUUCACGCUAUGCUCCUAAUGCCAACGACGAUGCUUGGAGAGGUAUCAGUUAAGUGGGUAGAAGCGUUGCAAAUACGUUUGCCGAUGUGCCUAGCUGGUGCAAUAUUUGGAGCCAGUCGGCUACGUCCUAGACAGAGGCAAUUGUACUUGGAUCAUUUUCUUCCGUGGUCUAUAAAUGUUGGGUUGAACGCGAAGUUCUUGCUAGGAAUAUAUUUCGAAGAGCGCUGGGAGCAGUCUCUCGACGAUUUUCACAGAGAAAUGAAUAUAGUACGCCUCAUAUGAAAUUAUAACAGAUUAUAAUAAUUAUUGAUAAAGUUGUAAAUAAUUAUUAUUUAGUUGUUAUUAACUACAUAAAAAAGAAAGUUCUGAUAUCACUAAA